UUUGCUCCCAUUCGCAACCCAAUACGGUUUAAGGAGAUCCCUGACAAUGCUCUCUCCAGUUCAAGUUACAGUCGAGGAUUGCUGCAUCACGACCAUGGAGGGCAUGGAGGGCACGAAGGUUACGGAAUACACGACGGGUAUUUCGAAGACGGGUCUCCCUACGGCCACGGUUACGGCUACAUCCACGACGAUCAUGAUUACGAUCAUGGACAUGAUCACGGACAUGGACACGGACACGAUCACGGACAUGGACACGGACAUGGACACGGACACGGACAUUACGGACAUCAUUUGGGACACGGGCAUCAUAAACAUCACGAUCAUCAUCAUCUGGCCACAAAAGCGUUGCUAUGGCCCAUAGCCGGCAUCGCCCUCCUAGGCGCUGCUGCCGCCCUGGUCACCAACCCGGUUCUACUUCAACUUGGUGUCGUCUCCGGGAAACGAAGAAGACGCGACACCGUCGAGGUGUCAGGGGAAUCGGAUGAAAACUGGCCACUCGACCCGUACAGCGUGGAAAGAAAGCGCAAAGGAUCGAAGAAAGUCCCUGAUCGAGUUACGACAUCGGAUAAGGUUAAUCGAUUUGUACCGAUACCUCUUAAGCUUAAUAAAGAGCAUUGAUGCAAUAUGUAAGUUACUGCAUUUUUUGUAUUUUUUCUGUUAUUCUAAAGUCGGUUCGUUGUUACUCGUGUUAUUCCUAAUUAGCUCUAAUUGGUGACUGAUAGUGA